AUGUCCACGGCGCCCGACGCAGCGACCGGGACCCGACUGCUCGUCAGUAUACUAAGAACGGUCGAACCCGCGAGCGCAGACUCAGAAUGGGACAACUUGUGGGAAAACGACGCGUUCCAGAAGAUCAGUGACGCCGGAACGUUGCACCUCGCUGCCUUCGCAGUAUCUCACCGGAUGCAAACGCUCGUCAGCGACCGUGGUCUCCGACGCGCAGACCUGCCUUCUCAAGGCGUGCUCACCGAGGAGUUCGAAUCCAUGUACAAGAAUAUCGACUCCAUCUGGGAACUCGUCAAGUACUCGGCGCCCAGGAUCCGCAAGUGCGACGGUAUCGCUGUGAUCCAGCCGGUCGUCGCGCACGCGUUCUCCUCCUUCGAAACACUCCUGGUUGACUCGUCGUUGCCCGUAUCACCGGACAACACCUCCCACUUCUGCUGUAUCCUGAACAACAUACUCGAAUUGCACUCCCAUCCCUCAGACGGCAUCCGCCGUCUGGUCACACCGUCGCUCGUUACAGCGCUGGAGCACGCGUUCACACAGCUCGUUGGAACGGACGACUGGCGCCGAGUGGAGGCGCAUGGUUUCACACCUGUGCGCAGGUGCCAUGAUCUCCUGCUCGAUCUCAGGUCGAAGGUCCCGCCGUGCCCUCCGCCCGACACGCUGUCUUCCACUAGAGAUGAUCACCCAGGGGAACACAGCGACCAAGCUCCGAAACACGACCCCGCGGAUUUCCUCGCGGCAGUGGACGCGGCUACCAAGGCUCCACACAAAACGUCCACGGCGCCCGACACAGAGACCAGGACCCAAAUACUCAUCAGCCUUCAAAGAACUGCUGAGCCCGCAAAAACAGACUCAGAAUGGGACAGAUUGCGGUACAACAGCGCGUUCAAGAAUAUCAGUGACGCCGGAACGUUGCAACUCGUCAGAGCGCUCACGGUGACCACAGCUGCCUUCGCGGCAGCUCAUCGGAUGCAAACGUACGUCAGCGACCGUGGCCUCCGACGCGCAGACCCGCCUUCUCAAGACGUCCCCACCGGCGAGUUCGAGUUCAUGCGGAACCAUAUCCGCCCCAUCUGGGAACUCGUCGAGGACUCGGCGCCCGGGAUCCGCGAGUGCGACGGCAUCGCUGCGAUCCAGCCGUUCGUCGCGCACGCGCUCUCCUCCCUCGAAAAGCUCCUCAACACGAUUGACUGGUCGCUGCCUGUAUCACUGCAAUACGCCUGCUACUGGUUCAAGUGGAUCCUGUCCGACAUACUUGAAUUCCACUCCCAUUCCUCAGACGGCAUCCGCCAUCUGGUCACACCGUCGCUCGUUGCAGCGCUCGAGCGCGCGUUCAUACAGCUCAUUGGAACGGAGGACUGGCGUCACAUGGACCCGCGGAUUUUGUGGGUGGAGACGUGCAAAGAUCGUCUCCUCGAUCUCACCUCGAAGGUCCCGCCGUCCCGGGCCCCUCCACCGGACGCGUCGUCUUCCGCCGCAGGUCCUCAACCGGAGAAACAGAGCGACCAAGCUGCGGAACCCGAGCUCGUAUCCGUCCUUCAUCUCCCUGCGGAUUCCCCCGUGGAGGCGGACGCCGCUGCUACUCCACACGAAAUUUCCAGCCACUUUGCCGGCAGCACCCACGGAUAUACCGCGCGCACUGUUGAAGGGAUGGCGUUUCGUGCGCAGGACUACCUGAGGACGUGGGAUGACUGGUCCUAG